AUGGCCAUCCAAUCCAAUUGCUUCACGGCGAUUCCCCUCCUUGACUAUUCCUUGACUGCAUCCGACAAGCCAGCCUUCCUCGCCGACCUCCGCAAUGCUCUGAUCAACGUGGGCUUCUUCUACCUCAUCAACGCGCCCAUCGCGCCGGAAAUCAGACACGGCCUCGUCAAAAAGUGCAAAGCACUCUUCGACCUCCCGCUGGAGAAGAAGCUUGAAAUUGAGAUGGUGAACAGCAAGCACUUUCUCGGCUACUCGCGACUCGGGGCCGAGAUCACUGCCCGGAAGCAGGACUACCGCGAGCAAUUCGAUUUUGCGACGGAGUUACCAGCGCCCGGGCCAGAGGAGCCCCUGUAUAGGAAUAUUCGCGGCCCAAAUCAGUGGCCCGACGAGAACGCAAUCCCCGGAUUCCGCCAAUCCGUCGAAGCAUACUUGGGCGAGCUGAGCCCAGUGGCGGAGAAUUUCCAGCUUCUCAUCGCCGAGGCCCUGGAUCUGCCCUCGUCAGCACUGAAGCAAUUCUUCGACUCCCCCGUGCAGCAGAAGAUGAAAUUAAUCAAGUACCCGCCACCACCCAGCGACGCCGAGUCCCAGGGCGUCGGACCCCAUAAGGACUCGGAGUUCCUGACGUUCCUCCUGCAGGCUACACCCCAUCACGGCCUGGAGGUGCAGAAUAAAUCCGGGGGUUGGGUCCCCGCUCCACCAAUCGAGGGCUCGCUGGUUGUUAAUAUCGGGCGCGCCUUGGAGGCCAUCACGCGGGGCGUCUGUACGGCGACGACACACCGGGUGAAUCUUGCGCCGUCGAAUUAUGUUGAUGCGGAUGGGGAGCCGCUGGGGCCGCGGUUCUCAAUCCCGGUCUUCCAGGGGAUGGGCUUGGAUUUGGCGGUUAAGGAUAUCUCGUUGGAGUUUCCGGAGCAUAUUAAGGAGUUGGUUGGCGAUGGGAAAGCGCGGUCGGAUGCGGAGGCUACGUUUAAUGAGAUAUUCCGCGGUCGCACUGGCGAGGGAACGCUCAUUCAUCGUAUUAUCAGCCAUCAGGAUGUCGGGCGGAGAUGGUACCCUGAGCUCCUGGCGCGAGCGCUGGGAGAGUAUGGAGAACAGGGCUAG